AUGCCUUUACAGGAUAGUACAAAUACACAGACGCGAAACCCUGGAAGGGAUGUGAAAGACGUUCUUGAAAGGCGUUCCCGUGAUCGCGGCGAAGGGCUCUCUACCUUGACCCCUAGGGUAAACGAUAGCUCCGCUCUCGACAGAGUUUUGAGAGAGUCUGCGAGACAAAGUCCAGAGCGCCAGCUCUUGCGCAGAAGACUUGAUGGAUUAGGAUUACGCGAAAACGAAGUCGAUGGCGACGGGAAUUGUCAAUUUAGAGCAAUAGCUGACCAAUUGUAUGGUUCGCCUGACCGUUACGCAGAAGUUAGAGCGGAUAUUGUAGAACAUUUACGCUCAAACUCGGCGAGAUAUUCUGCAUUUGUGCCUGAAUCCUACGACGCAUACAUUGAGGAUAUGGGCCUCGAUGGAAAUUGGGGAGACCACUUGACUUUAAUAGCAGCUUCAAAUGUAUAUGGUCUUGAGAUUCGAGUUUAUACUUCUUAUGAUAGAAAUUGGGAACGAGUAAUUCGACCUACUGAUGAUGGUAAUAUUCGUAGAGUAAUACAAUUGAGUUUCUACGCAGAGCUACAUUAUAACUCGGUCCACCCUAUAACUAAUGAAGAUUUUUUCCCAGAGGAAGAGGAAGCGGAAGAUUUUGAAUACACCGUAUGUGAUUGUGGCGACGAAUUCGAGUCAGAGAGAGCAUUCAAACGGCACGAGAGAGAUUGCUAUUAUUGUUCGAGAGAUUAUCGUGCCAAGGAACAAGUGUUGGAGGCGAGGUUGAAAGCGGAAGAGGAGAUGAUGGACCGUAUUUUUGGCACGCGGAGCUGUUCCAAAUGUCCGAAAUCAGCUGGACCUGAGCAUUGCCAAUAUUGUUCUCCAGAGAAUUUUUGUUGUGUUCCUGAGCAUGGAAAUUCAUCAAGUGUUAUGACAGAAAAAGUUAUGUGUCCUAAAUGUUCUCCUAAUAAUUUUUGUAGAGACCCAAAACACAGGAACUCAGAAGAUAAUCCAGCUCAUAAAAGUUCGUGUAGAACAUGUUCUCACGGUUAUUUCAACAAUGUAUCAAACGAACAAGUGACUGGAAGAGAAGGUGGACGUAGAGGUAAUCAACCUAUGCACACUCGACUUGACAUAAUCGGCAAACAAGAAGAACAAAUAAUGGCGCCGCGACACAAAAAGGACACUGAUUUGGUCACCAUUUACAUUCUUAAAUGUAAAGAAAAGAAAUGGUACGUCGGGAAAACGAGUAAAUACGGCGCGACAAAGCGCAUCGUACAGCAUUUUGCAAAUAUUGGUGGGUCGAACUGGACUAGGAGAUAUAAACCGAUAAAAGUGGAUGAUGUGAAAAAAAAUCAAACCUCUCGAGACGAGGACAAAUGGACGAAAGUAUAUAUGGACAGGUAUGGAGUGGAAAACGUGCGUGGCGGUGCGUACUGUAAACUAGAAUUGAAUGAAGAUCAAAAACGCGCGUUAGAUAUUGAGAGCGCUGGGUCGAACGAUUUAUGUUAUCAUUGUAAGAAGAAAGGGCAUUUUAUGGCGCAAUGUAAGGAAAAGUACGAAGAAGAAGAGGAGGAAGAAGAGUACGAGUACUUUUGCGAAAUGUGCGAGGAGUGCGGCGAGGAGUUCGACGAAGUAGAAAAGUUCAAGCGGCAUCAACGCACGUGUAAUCCGGCGGUAAAUUUUAACCCCUUAGUUUCGACGAUGAAUUACGAGCCCCCGGAAACUCGACUUCACAUAAUCGGCCAACGCCUGUGCGAGCAGUGCGGCAUCACGGAUAUUUCGAAUAAACCGGAUAGUCACACACGGUGCUACAAAUGUCAUUCAGGUGAAAAUGAUUACAUGCUACAAGGAGGAGGAAGGAGAACGAUGCACAAUUCUUCUCGACAUAAUUCGUACGGAGAAGGAAGAGGAAGAGGAAGAGGAGGAAGAAGAGUUCCGUAUACCCGCUUGUGCCGAGACUGUCGCACAGAUAUUUCUGACCGGGAUGAAAGUCAUCAACAGUGCAAGGACUGCUGGAGCCGCGACAGAAGCAGUAGAGGCGGCAGGGAAGGGCAAAGGAGAGGACCAUAUCGACGGCGGUGA